AUGCAGGCCGUUCGCCAAAUUUUCAAGCCUCUCAUCGACUUGCAGCAUGCCUACAUGAAUCCCCAUGAGCACUUUGGACGAGCCAACAUUACCCGUGCCGUCAUUCUCACCUACGUCUCUGCAUUCUUUGCUGUAAAGUGGAACGGAAAGAGAAAGGCCCAAGCCCUCGAAACCGAGAAACAACGCGAGCGACAAAACGUAGUGAAUGACGCAUUAGCUCGAGCCGGCCUC